GACCCCCGGGCUCUGCAGCCCCUCCGGGCGCUCCCGGGGCCUUUCACGCGCGCGGGAACCCGGCCGGCCGUGUGUCGGUCUCCGCGCGCCGCUCGCUGGGUUAGCGCGGCCCUUGGGAGCCGGGGGAGCUGCUUCCGCCUCGGGAAGCCGCCCGCGGCACCCCGCGUUGGGCGUGACUCUGUUCUGCCGCUCCGUUCCCUGCUGCACGCAGCCCAGGGAUCCGCAGGAACGCGCCCCGCCGAGCCGCGGGGCAGGAGCGCCUGGGGAGCCGGGUGUCUCCGGUAUCCGUGUUACUAGUGCGCCUUGCCGCCCUUGUGCGGGAAACAGUCGCUAACGAAACUGCAGGGGUUUAGUUUCUGAUGGCUAAAAAAAUAAACAGUUGAGGUCCUCUUUAUGAAACCAAUCCUCGGUCAAGUGUAACUUUUGAUGUAUGGUCUCUAAAGCCCCCCACUAUGCCAGCAGCUACCGUAGAUCAUAGCCAAAGAAUCUGUGAAGUUUGGGCUUGUAACUUGGAUGAGGAGAUGAAGAAAAUUCGUCAAGUUAUACGGAAGUAUAACUAUGUAGCUAUGGACACAGAAUUCCCAGGAGUAGUUGCAAGGCCUAUUGGAGAAUUCAGAAGCAACGCAGACUAUCAGUACCAACUCUUACGCUGCAAUGUCGACUUGCUAAAAAUAAUUCAGCUAGGACUGACGUUUAUGAAUGAGCAAGGAGAAUACCCUCCAGGAACUUCAACUUGGCAAUUUAAUUUUAAAUUUAACUUAACAGAAGAUAUGUAUGCUCAGGACUCUAUCGAGCUGUUGACGACAUCUGGUAUCCAGUUUAAAAAGCACGAAGAAGAAGGAAUUGAGACACAGUACUUUGCAGAACUGCUCAUGACAUCAGGAGUUGUACUGUGCGAAGGAGUCAAGUGGCUUUCCUUUCAUAGUGGAUAUGACUUUGGCUAUCUAAUCAAAAUCCUGACAAACUCCAAUUUACCUGAGGAAGAGCUGGACUUCUUUGAGAUACUGCGAUUGUUUUUCCCUGUCAUCUAUGAUGUAAAAUAUCUUAUGAAGAGUUGCAAAAAUCUGAAGCAGAGUGCAGGCCACAGUUUACCUUCACCUGGAGGAACAUCCAGUACACCUGGGACCAACUGCCCCAGGAGUGGGAACAAAGCCCCCAUCAUUUGCCAUGGACCGAUCCAGACUGCAGUGGAAAAGGGCGAGGCUCCAGAAGACUUGCAGUACAUAGAUGACAUUAUUGGUGGGUUACAAGAAGUGGCUGAGCAGUUAGAGCUGGAAAGGAUAGGACCACAGCAUCAGGCAGGAUCCGAUUCUUUACUCACAGGAAUGGCCUUUUUCAAAAUGAGAGAAAUGUUCUUUGAAGAUCACAUUGACGAUGCCAAAUAUUGUGGCCACUUAUAUGGUCUUGGUUCGGGGUCAUCUUAUGUACAGAAUGGCACAGGAAACGCUUAUGAAGAAGAAGCCAACAAACAGUCAUGACAUGAAAUGAAAGGCCGUCUUUUUGACUUCCACAUGCUUGUAUAUAGGUUUUAUCUCUGGUUGAACCCCUUGGACAAUUAAGGCUUUUUUCCCCCCUUUCUCAGCACACUUUCUUUUCUGCCUUUCUAUGUACUAAACUUGACUGUUCCUAUCACAGAUUUUGAUCUUAAUAUUGAUACGUAAAAUUUUCUGGGUUACAUUUUGGUCUCUUAACAAGCCCAUUUGUAAAGAAGCAUAUAUAGAAUCAGUGUGGCAGAGAGAAGGGGAAAGUUGAAUCAUAAUGAAUAUUCUGGUAAACUUGCCUACAUCAUUCUUCCAGUUUUUUGUCUUUCCCCUCCCUUCUCUAAAUUAAUUGGCUCUGAUUAUAAUUAACUUCCCCCUUCAUGUCUGUUCUUUCCAGUAUGCAGGCGUUUUAGCUAUUCAAGAUUGUGGACCAUCAGAUUUGCACUUUAGAGAGCGACUCUGACUCAGAUCCUCUGUUUUAUUUAAAGUUUGUUUUGUUUUUUUCUUUUGCCCUCAGCUAGAAAACAAUCAUCUGCCAAGUUCAGCAGCUUCAAGCUGUAUUUUCUUGGUAUCUCAACCCACACAACGGGACUUAUUUGCUGCAUAAUCUCUGUGUGUUCAAGCAAAACAAACUACUGAAUCAUAGUAAUUGCUCUUACUUUGCUAGUGUUUGGUCAUCUCUCAACACAUACUGCACAUGUCAACUGCUGGUUGGCCUGCUGCUUUAAAACUGCUCUGUGAUGGGGGAAAGAGGCUUGAAAAAACAGCUUUACACCCUUCAGGAGAAGAACAGCUAUGACUUUAGCCUUUUUGCCAUUAAGCUGAGAAUUGAAGGAUAAUGGAAAAGUAGGAGUCUUGUAAUGGCACAUUUCCCUUGAUUAACCUUGUGGCUUUUAUCCUAGUAAUGUACACCUCAGAUAUUUUUUAUGAAGUCAUAUUUAUUAUGUACUUGAUUUCAUGAUUUUUGUAAGUCAGUUUAGUUGAAGAUGAACCCCAAAGAUCUGAAAAAUUCUAUUUAAUUGAAUUAUUGAAUUAGAAGGACAAUUAAAUCAUGCCUUUUUGUAGUUGUUACAAAGACAGAUGUUAAAGAUAUUUGUUGUAAGACAACAAAAUAUAAAUAACUUCCAGCUAAUAAAGUUACCUGAGGAGUGUAAUGCUAGUUUAUUUUUGAGUAUAUCUUACAAUAUAUUUUAGAUAUAUUGUUUUCAAGGACCCUAAAGUAUGUUCUUAACUCUGCAUAGCAUGUAUACAGAGCAGUUGUGCAGGAAGGAUUUUGGGUAUUGAAUAGCUAACUACUAGCCUGGAAUGACGGAAUGCGUGACAUUGUGUGCCUGUGCGUGUGCGCGCGUACGUGUGCUUGACACGGAAAUCAAUGGCAGAAAAAUCUCCACAUGUUCGCCAAUUACUCUGUUUUAUCUUGUACUUAAAAGCAAAAAAUCAAACACCUUUUUCUCAUUGAAUUAUGAUGAUGUAACUGGGCGGUCCUUUUUAAACAAGUAAUUUGCAUAACAGAGGGUAUUUGUUUUUAAAGCUUUUGUAAAUAAAGGCCUAAGAAAUGUUUUCUUACAUAACAA